ACAGAGGCGGCAGCGAUAGCAGGGCGGAAGUCGCGAACUCAGAUGAAGAUGUGCCGCCGCGGGAAUCGGUUGUGCCUGGCCUCGGUGCUGCUGGUAUUUGCGCUGGUGCCAGUAGCUUCUCCACAAGAGAAGAAUGACACGAAAACACUGGUGUCGCAGCCAGAGGACAAGGCGUACCAGCGCUGCCUGACGGCGUCGGGACAGGAGGGCCACUGCCGCUCGCUGCAGUACUGCCUGCCGUCCGACUUCCGCAGGACCUUCACCAGGCUGCUCGACUCCAUGUGCAUCAUCAACAGGGCUUUUGUAGGCAUCUGCUGCCCGGACAAACCCACCGCCGAGGACGGCCCCGUGCUGCCAGGGGACGGGUCCCCACCGUCACUGGAAGAAAUCGUCUCGAGGCUCAACAACCCAACUUGCGGCAAGACGGAGCAGGGCGAGUGGCGAUGGAUGGUGGCGCUGAUCCGCUACGGCGAGGAGCACUUCUGCGGCGGCGCGCUCAUCUCGGAGACGCACGUGCUCACCGCCGCGCACUGCAUCGAGCCGCAUAAACUGACCGACAUCACAGUACGCUUGGGAGAGUACGACCUGGACCGGCGCGACGAGACCCGUGCCGUCGACCUCCGCGUCGUAGAGGCCACGAUGCACCCGCGCUACGACCGCUCCACCUACGAGAACGACGUCGCGGUUCUGCGCCUGCGCCGCAGAGCUGCCUUCAACUCCUACGUCAUGCCCGUCUGUCUGCCGGCCAUCGACGAGGGCUUCGUCAACAGGACAGCCUACGUCACUGGCUGGGGUUCCAUCCAGUUCGGCGGCCCCGGCAGCCCCGUGCUGCGGCAGGUGGGAAUCCCCGUGUGGCCGCACCAGCGCUGCGAGCCGCUCUUCUCGCAGCCCAUUCUGGACACACACCUCUGCGCAGGCGCAUACGAGGGCGGCAAGGACUCCUGCCAGGGUGACUCUGGCGGCCCCCUGGUGAUCCAAGAGGAGGAUGGUCGCUGGGUGGCGGUGGGCGUCGUCUCCUGGGGCAUCGGCUGCGGCAACAAGGACAGCCCGGGCAUCUACACGCGCGUCUCCAAGUUCCUGCCCUGGAUAGCCAAGACCAUGGCAUAGGCCAGCUAGGCUACAGGGUGGCAGUUGGUUGCCAACAUUCUAAUGCCUUGAAAUGUGCUGCUGGUCAAUUGUAGAUGUACAGAUUUUUAACUUUGUCAUUAAUCUAUGUCAUUUACGGUUUUAUUACAAGUUCUUCAUAACGUAUAGAUUGGUGAGAGUAGGGUGUCUGCGGUUGGGAAGGAGGAGGGAAUGAUUUUAUAUUUACAGAAACGCGAGGGUAUCAGUACAAAUCAUCACUUUCAUUGUAUGACAAUAAAGUUUUAAUCUGUAAAAUGA